AUGGCUACGGCUAACGACGAUGAGAUAUUAGAGGGCUUUCUGUGUCCUAUAUGUAAGGCCGACUUGAAAUCUGCUUCUCAAUUAACGAGCCACUUUGAGAGUUUACACUCUGAAGAGCAGGAUGUAUUGAGAUCCCUGAAGGAUAUAUUUGGGAAGGCAAAGAAAAUAAUACUGAAUAAUGACGACUCGGACUUGAAGGAGACAUUUGAUCGUGCAUUAAAGUUUAGUUACCAGGAACAUCGGUAUUUGGAUGAGGAACAAAGUAUAGGUGUGUCCCGUAGUUCUACGGAUUAUUUGAAGGGUGUGAGGUCGGCGCGGCUGGAGAGGUAUGCGACGGAGACCAACAAGCUGCUAAUAAGGCUGGACAAGCUUGUAUGCAACAUGCCCAGUGACCCUAAUCAGAGAAAACUACAUGAGCAGGAAGUAGUUCCAUGGUUAGAUGGGUCCUCAGUAAAGCUGUGUCCGAACUGUGCGAAAACUUUCAACUUGACGAGGAGGAAACACCACUGCAGGCUGUGCGGCUCCAUCCUCUGCCAUGACUGUUCUCUGUUCCUAGAUAUUAAUGUAGCCAGAGCAAUAGUAGACCCAUCAGCGCCACAGACUUCCAACCCACCUGAUCAUGAGACCUCAGAGAAGAACGGUCUCCGUCUCUGCGAGCACUGCUACAAUCUGAUAGAACUUCGGAAACAGGUCCAAGAGAGCAGGAACGCUAAGACUGUGCUUGUCACCGCUUAUGAACAGAUGAGGAGCUUGAUGGAAAAAGCCAGGCCCGAUGUUGUUAUGUAUGAAAAGAUGUGUCAAAGUCUCUUCGACGGUGAGACGACGUACAACCUGACAGAUGUCAACAAGAUGCGCGGGCGCAUUGGGAAACUGGCGGAGGGCAUUGAUUUGCUGAGCAAGCAGAUAAUUUCGUUCCCGGCUGAACCUGGGACUCGGCAGGCCAAGCUACAGUCCGCUAUACGACAGGCUGCUGCACAUUAUAUAAAAGAGGAUCUCUUAUCAUUAAGGAAGUUACCGACAGAGGCUCAAAUAGACGAGGUUCGGAGACAGCGUUAUGAGAAGGCAGAGCGACAGAUUCAGAUGGAGAGGGAGAGAAUGGAGAGGCAGAGAGACAGGUUAGAGGAGAUGGCAGGACCCAGCGCGUCCAGGGUAGAGAGCAACCAGGAUGAUGACGACAACCCACUGCUGGAACAGAUGAACAUCAUCAGGGAAUACAUCAAAGAAGCCAGGAAAGAAAUGAAGUUUGAAGAGGUAGCGAUAUUGGAAACGAACUUGAAAGAACUGAAAAAGGAGUAUCAACUACAGAAACUUUCCAACAAGUCCUAG